CAGUGCAUUGUGGGACAGCGGCAGGCAGUGGUUCCGUAUUUGGGAUUUUUACGGCUAGCUGGUAGUUGCGUUUCCAUGCAGCCAGAUGGAAGAUACGGGGGAGAAUGGGACGCCACCGUACUGAUAUUUCUUCCUGAACGGACAGCUGGACUACUCCUGUUUAAGGUGAUUCAUGCGCACAACUACCCUGCUGCCUCUCACCACCCAUCAUGCCUUAUGGAAUAUUCAUCCACCACCAAUGACAUUCCCACAGGAUCCAUGUUUACAUCAGCAAGUUUAUUUUUGCCAAAAAAUAGCCUCAUAACGGCUUCUUUUUAAUCAGGCUUGCUCCCUGUGCAAGUGCACACCAACAGAAUCGUAAACCUGGUUUUUUAUUUCUCUGCUAUCAGUUUCCAUACCUCUGCAAGAGGCUGACCGCCUAUCAUGAGAUUCAGAAUCUACAAGAGGAAGGUGGUGAUACUGACGUUGGUGGUUAUCAUCUGUGGCCUAGCUUUCUGGAGCAGUGGAAGGCAGAAGAAGAACGAAAGUGGAUCGUUCCCUAAGGAAGUGGAUACAGUGAGGAGAAGCAGUGGCAUUAGCAGCAGCAGCAGCAGCAUCAACAAUCAUAUCCAGGUGCAAGCCACACCUGCUGUUAGCAGGGCACCUGUUCCACCACCUAUUGUUCAAGUGAAUGAGUCACAUGUAGAAAAGCCUAAGGAGAAAGAAAAAGUACCCAAACCAGAGACAGACAAUACUACUUUAGUUUACCGUGGCAUCGUAUUCCAGCUCAACUUUGAUCAGACUAUUAGGAAUGAGGACAAGUUUAAGAAUGCACGACAAAACGACGAUCUGGUUGUGGUGGUUCAGGUCCAUAAUCGACCAGACUAUCUUAAGCUAUUAGUGGACAGUUUACGGAAGGCCAGAGGUGUUGAGAGCAUACUGCUGAUAUUCAGCCAUGACUUCUGGUCCCCUGAGAUUAAUAAAGUGGUGGCCUCUGUAGAUUACUGUCAGGUUCUUCAGAUCUUCUUUCCCUUCAGCAUCCAGCUGUACCCCCAGGAGUUCCCUGGACACGAUCCCAGGGACUGCCCCAGAGACAUUCCCAAAAAAGACGCCUUAAAAAUGGGAUGCAUUAAUGCAGAGUACCCUGACUCCUUUGGCCACUACCGUGAAGCAAAGUUCUCCCAGACCAAGCAUCACUGGUGGUGGAAACUGCACUUUGUAUGGGACAGAGUCAGGGUUCUGAAGGACCAUAAGGGUCUGGUUCUGCUGAUUGAGGAGGACCACUUCAUGUCUCCAGACUUUAUCCACCUCUUAAAGCUGAUGACGGCUCUCAAAAGGGAGCAGUGCACUGACUGCGACAUCCUCUCCCUGGGGAGCUACAGCCACAUUGGCUACUCCAGCAAAGCAAACAAGGUGGAGGUGAAGGCGUGGAAGUCCACUGAGCACAACAUGGGGAUGGCUCUGAGUAGGGAGACGUAUCAGAAGCUCAUCCAGUGCACUGAUACGUUCUGCACAUACGAUGACUACAACUGGGACUGGUCCUUACAACACCUGACCGUUUCCUGCCUCCCCUCCUACUGGAAGGUCAUGGUGAGCGAGGCACCUCGGAUUUUUCACGCCGGGGAUUGUGGCAUGCACCACAAGAAGGCCUCCUGCAUGCCCGUCAGCCAGAAAACCAAGAUAGAGAACAUCCUCCAGAGCAGCGGGAACCAGCUGUUCCCGAAGAACCUCCUGAUAACAAAGAGACUUCCAGCUAACGGGGCUGGAGGGGUGGCCCCACAUGUGAAAAACGGAGGCUGGGGAGAUAUCAGGGACCAUGAACUUUGUAAGAGUUACGUUCGAUUACAGUGACCUUAAUUGCUACUAUUAUAUAUUAUUGUCUCUUUUGCAUCCUCUAUAAAGAAAAAAGCCUUUUAAAAGUAAAUCUUUAUGGACUACUCUUCAUAUUGCCUGUUUUAUUGGACUGUUCCAAAUAAAAACGAAUGUUGAAUUUUUGGCUUCUUUAACACAAAUAUGUCUUUACAUUGAAUUACUGAAGUGAUUCCUGGCAAGUCAACUUUGUUUUGUAAGUUGUAAUUAACAAUAAUAUACUAAACAAUA